CCAUAACCAGCAGACCACUGCAUUCAGGCAUCCUGUGACUGGGCAGUUUUCUCCGGAAAAUAGUGAAUUCAUUCUUCAAGAAGAGCCAAAUCCACAUAUGUCGAAGCAAGAGAGAAACCAAAGACCGUCCAGCAUGGUCAGUGAAACGUCCACAGCUGGGACCACUUCCACCCUGGAGGCCAAGCCUGGACCCAAGAUCAUAAAGUCCAGCAAUAAAGUCCACAGCUUUGGAAAGAGGGACCAGGCCAUUCGGAGGAACCCCAAUGUUCCGGUGGUGGUGAGGGGCUGGCUACACAAGCAGGACAGUUCUGGGAUGAGGCUGUGGAAAAGGAGGUGGUUUGUGUUGGCUGAUUACUGCUUGUUUUACUAUAAAGACAGCCGAGAAGAAGCCGUCCUUGGGAGCAUCCCUCUGCCCAGCUACGUGAUCUCACCUGUGGCCCCUGAGGACCGCAUAAGUCGCAAGCACUCCUUUAAGGCUGUGCACACAGGGAUGCGAGCGCUCAUCUACAACAGCACCACCCUGGGCUCUCAGGCCGAGCACUCGGGCAUGAGGACCUACUACUUCAGUGCCGACACGCAGGAGGACAUGAAUGCUUGGGUCAGGGCCAUGAACCAGGCUGCCCAGGUGCUGUCUCGAUCGUCACUCAAGAGGGACGCAGAGAAGGUGGAGCGGCAGGCGGUCCCCCAGGCCAACCACACGGAGUGCUGUUGCGAGUGUGGCCGGGAGGCACCCAGACACGCAAGGGAUUGUCCUCACCGAGGCCACGAUGACUUCUUUGACUUCGAGAGGCAGGAACAGGAGGGAGAACGGCACCGGUCCCAGAGGGACCCCCUGGAGGGCAAGCGGGACAGGAGCAAGGCCAGGUCUCCGUACUCGCCGGCCGAGGAGGAUGCCUUGUUUGUGGAUCUACCCGGUGGCCCAAGAGGCCAGCAGGCUCAGCCCCAGCGGGCAGAGAAGAACGGCGUGCUGCCUGCCUCAUACAGCCCAGGAGAGCAGAAUGGGACUGGCGGGUACCAGCGGGCUUUCCCACCCCGGACCAAUGCUGAGAAACACAGCCAAAGGAAGAGCAGCCUAGCCCAGGUGGAGCACUGGGCGAAGGCCCAGAAGGGGGACAGCAGGAGCCUUCCCUUAGACCAGACGCUUCCUCGCCAGGGUCCCGGCCAGUCGCUGCCCUUCCCAGAAAACUACCAGACUCUUCCCAAGAGCACCCGGCACCCCUCAGGGGGCUCCUCGCCCCCUCCCCGGAACCUGCCGAGCGACUACAAGUACGCGCAGGACCGAGCCAGCCACCUGAAGAUGUCGAGCGAGGAGCGCCGGGCGCACCGGGAUGGCACGGUGUGGCAGCUCUACGAGUGGCAGCAGCGCCAGCAGUUCCGGCAUGGCAGCCCCACGGCGCCCAUCGGCAUGGGCUCCCCAGAGUUCCUGGAGCAGGGCCGGAGCAGGAGCAUGCUGGAGGUGCCCCGCUGCAUCUCUGUGCCUCCGUCGCCCUCGGACAUCCCGCCCCCGGGGCCCCCCAGGGCCUUCCCGCCCCGGCGGCCGCAUACGCCAGCAGAGAGGGUCACUGUGAAGCCGCCGGACCAGAGGAGGAGUGUGGACAUCUCCCUGGGGGGUUCUCCCAGGAAGGCACAGGGCCAUGCUGCCAAGAACUUGUCUCACGUGGACCGCCGCUCCAUGCCCUCCAUGGGGUAUAUGACCCACACCGUCAGCGCUCCUAGUUUACAUGGAAAAUCGGCCGACGACACCUACCUCCAGCUGAAGAAAGACCUAGAGUACUUGGAUCUAAAGAUGACAGGCCGGGACCUUCUCAAGGAUCGAAGUCUGAAGCCCAUGAAGAUCGCCGAGAGUGACAUUGAUGUCAAACUGAGCAUCUUCUGCGAACAAGACAGAAUCCUCCAGGACUUGGAAGACAAGAUUCGAGCCCUCAAGGAGAACAAAGACCAACUGGAGUCUGUGCUGGAGGUGUUGCAUAGACAGAUGGAGCAGUACCGAGACCAGCCCCAGCACCUGGAGAAGAUCGCCUGCCAGCAGAGGCUGCUGCAGGAGGACCUCGUCCACAUCCGAGCCGAGCUCUCCAGAGAGUCCACUGAGAUGGAAAACGCUUGGAACGAAUACCUGAAGUUGGAGAGUGAUGUGGAACAUCUGAAGCAGACCCUUCAGGAGCAGCACAGAAGAGCCUUUUUCUUCCAGGAGAAAUCGCAGAUACAGAAGGAUCUGUGGAGGAUUGAAGAUGUCAUAGCAGGCCUGAGUGCAAAUAAAGAGAACUUCAGAAUCCUGGUGGAAUCAGUCAAAAAUCCAGAGAGAAAAACGGUGCCUUUGUUUCCUCACCCGCCUGUGCCUUCACUCUCGACUCCUGAGAGCAAGCCGCCCCUGCAGCCCAGUCCCCCCACCAGCCCUGUGCGGACCCCUCUGGAGGUUCGGCUCUUCCCUCAGCUGCAAACCUACGUGCCGUACCGACCUCACCCGCCCCAGCUGAGGAAAGUGACAUCCCCCCUCCAGUCACCAACGAAGACGAAGCCCCAAGUUCAGGAGGACGAGGCACCUCCCAGGCCCCCACUCCCAGAGCUCUACAGCCCAGAGGACCAGCCCCCAGCUGUGCCACCUCUGCCAAGAGAAGCCACCAUCAUCCGGCACACAUCCGUGCGUGGCCUCAAGCGGCAGUCAGACGAGAGGAAGCGAGACCGGGAGCUGGGGCAGUGUGUGAACGGGGACUCGAGGGUGGAACUGCGGUCGUAUGUUAGUGAGCCCGAGCUGGCGACCCUCAGCGGGGACGUGGCCCAGCCCUCCCUGGGGCUUGUGGGCCCUGACAGCAGGUACCAGACGCUGCCAGGCAGAGGGCUCUCGGGGUCCACGUCAAGGCUCCAACAGUCGUCCACCAUCGCUCCCUAUGUCACACUCCGGAGGGGUCUAAAUGCCAGCAGCAGCAAGGUGACCUUUCCUAGACCCAAGAGUGCCUUGGAGCGCCUAUACUCAGGGGACCACCAGAGGAGCAAGAUGAGUGCGGAGGAGCAGCUGGAGCGCAUGAAACGCCACCAGAAGGCCCUGGUCCGGGAGCGCAAGAGGACGCUGAGCCAAGGCGAGAGGACGGGCCUGCCCUCGUCCCGCUACUUCAGCCAGCCGCUCCCGGGAGAUCUCGGCUCAGUAUGUUAGCAGGGCCAGGCAGACGGGGCUGGGACCGGGAGCAGAGCGUCCCCCAAGCUGAGCAGAGCUCCCCCGGUCCCCCAGACACAAGCACAUCACACCCACGCCAGUGGCCCGGCCACUGACCUAGAUGGCUCAGCACCCCUUGGGGCUGUUGGCCCGCGACCCAGGCUGCACGCGUGACCUGGUCGGAGGAUGAGCCGGAGCCAGAGCAGGAGAGAAGACCUAACAACACAGGCCUAGGAGUCUGAGGAACCGUCCGAUCGAUUUCCCGAGCCAAACUGGAGGGGGGCCUUGGUGGGCACUGAGAAUCUCAGCUGAAUUGAGGACCUAGGGAUGCAGGGCCAAGGAGUAGAGGAGGAAGAUGGUGAUAUGAUUUGAUGCAGAGAAGCACAGGCCAGCUGACCAGUCUCCCCAGCCCGCAGGCGGUGCUCUGUGGGGGACACUGAGCCCUGGUUGGUGCCAACACCCUGAGGGCCUGGCUCCCCCACUGUCUGUGGUGCUGAGGCCUUGGUGCCCAGGAGCGCUGGGGGUGGGGCACCUUGCCACCUCUUGAUGGCGCUUCCUGACUCUGAGCCCUGCCCACAGUCGCCUUCCGUGUCCCUUUUGGAAACAUUCCGUUGACUUUCUCCCCUGUUUAAAAUCCCAUGUUUCCCCAAACCUCUAGCCUGACUGCUCUUUCCCUAAUUCAUUGCACAAGCUCUUUGCUUUUAGUGUUACCGCUCAUUGCCUCUCUAAUCCUGCCUGAUUGUGUUUACAGAAGCUUCUGAUUUGCAUUAAACGUUCUCUAACUGGCCUGGGGUACUUUUUUCACCAGGCUUGUAAUAGCAGCUCUUGUCUCCAUGGCCUGGUGGGUGCCCCCAGGCAUGACUCACCUUUCUGCUGCCUCCUCCGCGUGCAGGCCUACUGACUCAUAAUUCACUCGUCCCAAAAGCCACCCACAAGCCUGAGCCAACCCGCUGCCUGAGACCACAGUCAUGAGCAGGGGUCUGGGCAUGACUGGUUGACCAGAAUCCAUGCCUUACGCCUGGACAGUAGACACGGACUUCAGAAAUUGCGUGUUCGGAUAAGUUCUACCAAGGCUGAGGUUGUUCAGUUUUAAUUCUUCUAGUCCAAUCGCACAAUUUCUUAUCGAAAGCCUUUUGUGUUUCUGGUUAAUCACUGAAUGAAUAGCAAAAUAUUCUGUGUAUUCAGAGGACCUCUCUGCAAUUGUUAGCUCAAAUACCAAAGGGUCAAGACCCAGGACACUCAUACCUUCAAAAGCUGCAAACCUGGUAACUUUUAAACUUUAUACACAAAUGUCAUAAGGGGUUACGCUAACACUGACCUUUUACAAUUCGAUGUCUCAAUGUAGAGAUUAUCUAAAAAUCAUAAUUUAAAUACCUUGUAAUUUUUCUCUUAAAAAAAAAAAGACUUGUGUAAGUCUCUGCAUCAACGCCAAUAAACAUGUUGCUUAAUAA